GCCCCGGCUGAGGGCGGGCGCUCCAAGAUGGCGCAAACCGUGAGCGUGGGGGAACUGGGGCUGCCCCAGCUGGAGCUGCUCAAGGGGCAGCUGGAACAGGAGGUGGAGUUCCUCUCCUCGUCCCUGGCGCAGCUCAAGGUGGUGCAGACCAAGUUCGUGGAGGCCAAGGAGUGCCUGAAUGUGCUGCACAAGGGCAAUGAGGGGAAGGAUCUCCUGGUGCCUCUCACCAGCUCUAUGUACGUGCCAGGCAAGCUGCAGGACACACGGACGGUGCUGGUGGACGUGGGCACCGGUUACUACGUGGAGAAGUCAGCCGACGACGCCCGGGCGUUUUUCAAGCGCAAAAUCGAAUUCCUGACGCGGCAAAUGGAGAAAAUCCAACCGGCCCUGCAGGAGAAGCACGCCAUGAAACAGGCCGUGCUGGAGAUGAUGACGCAGAAGCUGCAGCAGCUGACGGCGGCUCAGGGGGUCCCGGCGGGGGCCAAGGCGUAGCCCCCUCCCCAAAUUCCUGCAGAGGGGAUUUGGGGGUGCACCCCCUCCCCAAAACCCUGCACUGGGGCUGCACCCCCUCCCCAAAACCCCACAGAGGGAAUUUAGGGGCACAGCCCCCUCCCCAAAUUCCUGCAGAGGGGAUUUGGGGGUGCAGCCCCCUCCCCAAAUUCCUGCAGAGGGGAUUUGGGGGUGCAACCCCCUCCCCAAAUUCCUGCACUGGGGAUUUGGGGGUGCACCCCCCCUCCCCAAAAUCCCGACCCUCCCUCAUUUUGUACCAGUCCCUGGAAUAAAGCAGAGACGGCUCCGA